GUUCGCUGCUCGCUCCGUGCCAGCCUCGCGCUGCUUGUUUUUUCUGCAACAAGAUGGCUGUCGUUCUAGAGAGCAGAGUUCUUACUUUCAGCGUUUUUAAAUGGAGCUCUUAUUCCUCUACAUAUUUACCCGAGAAUAUCUUGGUGGAUAAACCAAAUGAUCAGUCUUCUAGGUGGUCUUCGGAGAGCAACUACCCUCCACAGUUUUUAAUCUUGAAAUUGGAAAGACCAGCAAUUGUUCAGAGCAUCACCUUUGGGAAGUAUGAGAAGACCCACGUCUGUAACCUGAAGAAGUUUAAAGUGUUUGGUGGGAUGAGUGAAGAGAACAUGACAGAGCUUUUGUCUAGUGGCCUUAAGAAUGACUACAACAAGGAAACGUUCACCUUAAAGCACAAGAUAGAUGAGCAGAUGUUUCCCUGCAGAUUUGUCAAAAUAGUGCCUCUUAUGUCUUGGGGUCCUAGUUUUAACUUCAGCAUCUGGUACAUUGAACUGCAUGGUAUUGAAGAUCCUGAUGUGGUGCAGCCCUGCCUUAACUGGUAUAGCAAGUACAGAGAACAGGAAGCCAUCCGCCUUUGUCUCAAGCACUUUCGACAGCAUAACUACACAGAAGCCUUUGAAUCACUGCAGAAGAAGACUCGGAUAGCAUUGGAACACCCCAUGCUCACACACCUCCAUGACCGGCUGGUUCUCCAAGGAGAUUUUGAUGCUUGUGAAGAGCUUAUAGACAAAGCUGUGAGAGAUGGUUUGUUUAACCAGUAUAUCAGCCAGCAGGAGUACAAGCCCAGGUGGAGUCAGAUCAUCCCAAAAUGCAACAAAGGUACAAGCACCCAAGAAAUCAACCGAGACGACAUGAACAGUGAUGGCGAUGAUAACAGGCCAGGGAUGCGGGGAGGACAUCAAAUGGUCAUUGACGUCCAGACUGAGACUGUGUACCUGUUUGGAGGCUGGGAUGGCACACAGGACCUGGCUGACUUCUGGGCUUACAGCGUUCAGGAGAACCAGUGGGCCUGCAUCUCCAGAGACACUGAGAAAGAGAAUGGACCAAGUGCUCGUUCUUGCCACAAGAUGUGCAUCGACUCCCAGCGGCGUCAGAUCUACACGCUUGGCCGGUACUUGGACUCCAGCGUCAGGAACAGCAAGUCCCUGAAGAGUGACUUCUACCGCUAUGACAUCGAUGCAAACACCUGGAUGCUACUAAGUGAGGACACGUCAGCUGAUGGAGGGCCAAAAUUGGUGUUUGACCAUCAGAUGUGCAUGGACUCCGAAAAGCACAUGAUCUACACUUUUGGCGGUCGGAUCCUGACAUGUAACGGCAGUGUGGAGGACAGUCGGACAUCAGACCCUCAGUUCAGUGGCCUGUACUCCUACCACUGUCAGGCUGGAACGUGGAGCCUCUUGCGUGAAGACUCGUGUAAUGCCGGGCCAGAGGAUGUCCAGUCCCGCAUUGGACAUUGCAUGCUGUUCCACACAAGAAAUCGCUGUUUGUAUGUGUUUGGAGGUCAGAGGUCAAAAACAUACCUUAAUGAUUUCUUCAGCUACGAUGUGGAUGGUGAUCAUGUAGAGAUUAUAUCAGAUGGCACCAAGAAGGACUCGGGCAUGGUGCCAAUGACAGGCUUUACCCAGAGAGCCACCAUUGACCCUGAGCUCAAUGAGAUCCAUGUGUUGUCUGGUCUUAGCAAAGAUAAGGACAAACGUGAGGAGAACGUACGCAACUCCUUCUGGAUCUAUGACAUUGCCCGCAACAACUGGUCGUGUGUGUAUAAGAAUGACCAGGCAGUAAAAGAAAACCCAAGAAAGGCCCUGCAGGAGGAGGAGCCAUGUCCACGCUUCGCACACCAGCUGGUUUAUGAUGAGCUGCACAAGGUGCAUUACCUGUUUGGUGGAAACCCUGGGAAGUCUUGUUCUCCCAAGAUGCGUCUGGAUGACUUCUGGUCUCUCAAACUGUGUAGGCCCUCUAAGGAGUACCUGCUACGCCACUGCAAGUACCUUAUCAGGAAAUACAGGUUUGAGGAGAAAGCCCAAUCAGAGCCGCUGAGUGCACUGAAGUACCUACAGAACGACCUGUCGCUCACUGUGGAUCACAAAGACCCUGAUGAGACCAAAGAGUUUCAGCUCCUGCCCUCUGCUCUCUUCAAGUCCAGCUCAGACUUCAUCCCUCUAGGUUUCUCUGACGUAGACCAGACAUAUGCUCAGCGGACGCAGCUCUUCGACACACUCGUCAACUUCUUUCCGGACAGCAUGACCCCACCUAAGGGCAACCUGGUAGAUCUCAUCACCCUCUAGCCCCUCUCAAAUCUGACAUGCCCCCCCUCCUUCACUUUAUCCACUGGACUAACUAUACAACAGCCACACAUGUGAUGGCUGUGGAGGAGACUGAGACCAGUUAUUUUUCUAUUUCUGGACCCUAUUGGUGGGAGUACACUUCAUCUGAAACAGCUCCAUCUCUCAGACCUGCUGCGUUACCUGACAGUAUGGUCAUAAACACACAUCAACCACACUGUGCUAUUUGGAUAUGAGCAAAAUUCCACGGUGGCCUGAGGUGGGUGUGCAUUUGUGGUUUUCCUUUCCCCCCACUCAGGAUAGCCCUUGUGUUUCUUUUGUUUUUGCUGAUGAAGAUUUCUUGGAGCACGCAAACACUCUAAACUCAGCCCAGACAUCACUUGUGGUUUUCAUCUUCACAUGAUCCCAGAAGUAUUUAGGCCAAAAAGAGGAUUUUCUCACAGUUUGCACUCUUUCUUCACUGAUUCUUUGUGUUUUCUUUUUUUAUAUAAAUAUUUACAUUUGUGUUUUGUACUCACACAAAUGGUCACACAGUCGACCGCAGGUGUCAGUCCACAUUCAGCACACAACACAUCAUGGUGAUGUUUGUUCAGGCCUCUUGUUGCGACAGUUAAGUUUAAAUGUGUUUGAAGACAAAACAAGUAGCGUCCAUGAAACAGGAAACCACUUCUAGCUCUUGUGUUCUUGAAGUACAUUUUCAGCAACUCCAGUGAUGACACAUUUCAAUUUUGUGAUUUGGAUAGUUUGCUUUGCUCAUAUUUAUGACUGUGACAGCUGUUCACAUGUUAAACAAGUCCAUUUUAUUAGUGUUGUAGGAACAGUACAGCAGUGAGCCUAGAAGAUGAUACAUCUAUCUAAAUAUACAUUCAUAUUGGUUUUGGUUGUUAUUCCUGCAAGAAGAAAUAGAAUGUUUUCCUCACUAAAUCAUGGACUGCAUCUUAAUUCUAAGUGGUUAAACGGUGUACAGAAUAUGUAAAUAUACAUAUAGGAGUUUUUUCAAAGAUUUUUGAAUUGAAAAUCAAAAAGUAAGGGUCCAUAAACAGCAACUUUCUGGCUGUUCAUGUAAAACUCAAUUACUCAUAGGAAAACAUUUAAAAUAAUAGGCAUGUGUCUGAAUGAAGUGGUUGUGCCGCUAAUUUGACGGCUGGAGUGGGAAAAGGGAUUUUAGUUCUGUUUGCGGGUGAAUUUUUUCUCUUAAAAUCCCAAACGUCCAUCUGAAUAGUUUAGUGAAAUUGACAGCAGAAGCAUCCUAUAAUCAUGGAACAUACAGCUUGUUGGGUGUUACCCCAUUUCUACCGUGACCAAUUACCAACAAAAAAGUUGUUUUUGUUACUUGUAUAAUACAUUUUUGAUCUUGGUUCUCUGCCUUAAGUAACAUUAAAUUUAGGGCUUGUACUGUUAUUUUCAUUAUUAGUUAAUCUGCUGAUUAUUGUCUUGAUUGAUUUAUCUUAUUUCUAUAAAUUGUUAAAAAAUGCAUUUCUUCAAUCAGCAGUCCAAAGCCAAAUCUAAAGUCAUUUAGUUUACAACAAAAUAAUGGCAUAUUCACAUUAUUACAGAAAAAAAUGUAAAUGUUGUGUAUACACAUUGGGGGUUUGGCAAAAAUUCACAUUUGUUGAACUUCAACCCCAGUUACACUUUAUGUAUGUAGCCAAUCGAUGCUAACCAUUGCUUGAGCUGACCAGAAACUAAUUAGCCUGCUUGUGUUCCUCAAUUUCCCACCAUGUGCAAUAACAUAUUGCCUACAUAUUCAGACCAGGCAAAGACGGACAACAUAUUCAAUAUGUAUCAGCAUGCAAGUGCCGUCACCAAGUUUGUUAAAAAGAAGACAUAGUUCAAGCCUCUAGUGUAGUGUAUCGUGGCUAAGGUGGAAACUUUGUGUCCAGACCCUCCGGGAGUUUCUACUUGAGUUUCUGUGCCAACCACUGUGACAUACGCCUCACAAAACCCUUGUUUCUCCAUGACAAUGUGAAAACACCUUAAAACGGAAAAAUGAAAGAAACCCUUCAUAUUGGAGUAAAGCAAAAUUAAAAAAAAAAGAAAAUGCUGCUAAAGCAAAUUUAUAAAGUGACUAAUAGUGUCAGCUCUAAUGCAGUGCAGUCCUUGUACCCCAGAUUUAUGCUUGCAUUACUAGGUAACCGUUUCCUAUUUCUACUACUUAUAACAUGAUUAGAAUAUCCAAAUUCACACAGCUAUCAAACUUGUUUGAUUGGAGUGGUUUUCAUAUAACAUCUGUAUUUAUUUUACUGAUUACACAAAUAACCCUAGCACCAAGCUGGUUUUAGUUCUGGAUAUAGUUCAUUACUGGCACAUUCAUUUAAAACGGGGGGGUGGGUGGCAUCAGAAUCAGUUUUCUACAAUGAAUCCACACCUUCCAGUCAGAAUGGAGAAAGCUCAGUGAGCGUGGUAUCAGACACAAAGCUUGUUGCUGUCAUUUUCUACUCGGUAGAGUUUUUUUUUUUUAACCCGCUUUCUAAAGCUGAGUGCUCUGAUAGUGGCUCAUUCUUGUUUUGGUCUUUUGUCCUUGCCUGGUGAAACACUAUGCAGAAAUCAGGGUAGGGUUUUCUGUGAUCAACAUUAAAAGACGUAUUUAUUUUUUCUGGUAAUACUUGACUUAAUCUCAUAGGCAGAAUGUGAAAUUGAUUUGUGGUUCAAAUUGUCUGUGGUAGAUGGAGACGGGGAACUCUGCAAAGUUUUAAUAAAAACUAAAAUGUAUCAAAUGAUAUGUCAAAACUGUGUGUGACAUUACCAAAAAUAAAUCGGUAUACUGUCCAGGUGAGGAAGCAUGCUAAAGCAAGUUUUCUAUGUAUUAUGAAUAAACAGAAAGAAGAAAGGAGGCGUUUGAGUGUAUAGCUCACAGAUGAGCUAAUGUCAGACACAACUUAAGUCUUCCAAGAAGACAUCAAAGGUCAGGUUCAGCUACAGAAGAGACAGAGUUGAAAUGUUUACCCGCUGUCACAAAGUUGUACUUGGAUUUUGGUGUCCAUGCUCAUCGGUGCUUACUGCUCGCUCAAAGUCCCACCUUUCACUUUUUGAGUUUUUUGUCCUCCGUUAUUCUCAGUCGGGCACUAUCAGAUGGUUUCUUAAGAGAGGAAUGAUUGCUAACAUCCCAUGGACAGAAAGAAGUGUUCCUUAGUCAUGCAAAAGCAACAGAUGAUUGUCUUUCCCAGUGCCGCAGCUGUGAUACAUCACACCAUUACAUGAUUCAUCAUCCCCGCUACAUCUGCUGCGACUGUUCACCACAACUUGUAGAUCAUAAUGUAGAGGAUCAGCUCUGUUUCGGUCUGUCAGCCUGAAGAACACUGGGCAGGUGAAGAUCAUGAGGUCAGUUUAACACAACAGCAGAACUAAGUAACAACAUAAUGGCCUUUUGCAAAUUCUUUUCUUUCAUGUUUCAGUCUAGUCAUGAGGCAGCAACCAGAGUGGAAGUUAGAUGUUAAAAACUUAGACAUGAACUAGUUAUCUUCAGUUAAUCCCAUUGUAUUGGCAUUUUAAAGGUAAUGCACACCUAACGCAUCUGUUUUAAAAUCAAAGGCCCAUAGUGGUGUAAGCCAAUUUACUGUGCAACAGCCACCAUCACCAGUCUGCCUCUCUCGCGUAUUCCCAUUCAUUAUUAGAAAAGUCUUAUUCUCUAAAUUUUGUGAAAGCAUGAAAUUAUUGUUUUUUUUUUUUGUUUUGUUUUUUUAUUGUCUAUCUUUCAGUAAAUUGGAUGCUUAGCUCAGUGAUGUGACUGCAGUAAUACACGAACAUCACAGGCUGGGGUUUGGUAAAACCAUAAAAUAACAUUAGAACUGGAAAGGAAAAUGUGUGAAGUCGGCGAACGCUAGCUACCAUGAAGCACAGGUGUCGCAUUAAGUAAGGCUGUAGCAGUAAAACCGUCUGUUUCCCCCUGUUCCUGCUCUUGGUGCUAAGCUAAGCUAAUGACCUGCUGGCUGGAGCUUCAUAUUUAGUGUACACAUGAGAGGGGUAUCAAUCUUCUUAACUACCUCUCUGCAAGAGAACAAAUAUAUGUAUAUCCCAGUAUGUACUAACUUUUCUUUUCAUACAUGAUUUUAAUGUCAGACAUGAGCUUAUUUACUUCAAACGCUCAAUGGGUUACCCACCCACUGGAACAGUUGGAUGCUUUACAUAGCAUGCUUAUUAUGUGGAAUCUGUAUCUGGUGCAUCCUUGUUUCCUUUGUCCUGGUUUAAAGUGAUACAUCUUACACUUAUCCCACAACAAAUAACUUCCAUCAAGUGUAAUUAUCCCCUAAGGAUGUUGUUUACUGUGACUGUGGGUGACUCUGCUGCUGUAAAUAAUGUUUCGCUGGUGUGUAUAUAGUCUCCUUGUGUGUCAUGACACUGGAGAUGAGUAGCGACCAUCACAUCACAUUGAGAUUCAGGGUUUUUUCUUCUUCUCUUUUUUUUUUUCCUCUAGACAAUUUUGCAUCAGCACCCUUCUCUUUCCUUAAAUUCAUUGGCGGAGGAAGAUAAAUCCUCUAAUUUACAACAAUGGAGAUGUUGUUCGUUAGUAUUCUAAUUAUUUGGUUGUUUUUGUGCUGUAACAUUUUUGUUGGAUGGCUUGUGCAUUGUCUGUACAUGUAUGUUUUACUCCUGAUUUCAUUGCCCUAAAUUGGAAACACAUCUGUGAAUAUAAAACACACACACACACACACACACACACCAGAGCAAAAAAUAAUGCUUGUAUCAUAGAAAAAGAAAAGGCAUGUGAAGGAUUAUUGAUAAUAUAUUGGUAACAAUUAGGGCUCAUCAUGCUUGCUGUAGCAUUUUCAUUUUUGACAGAAGAAAACUGUUCAAAAAGACAAACUGAAAGCACCUUUGUAAAAAAGAAAAUAGAGAAAUGCCAAAUACUCUUUAAAAAAAAUGCUAUUUAAGGUAAAUGUCCUCCACACAACAAAGUUUGCUGAUUCCAUUUUUUUGUUUUUAUCUUACCCUGCUCUGAAUGCCUGGGUGGGACUCAGGAGAUUUAAGGCUGGUACUCUCAGAUCAAUGAGCACUACUCUGUCGAUACAGCGAAUGUGUAGUAUAGCUUUGUAUGUAAUGUAUAUAAUGAAUAAAGAUUGUAUUUUGUUCAGGUUUUCUUAAAUGCUGCAUCUGUGCUGUUUUGCCCCCUAGAGGGCGUGUGUGUGUGUGUGUGUGUGUGUGUGUGUGUGUGUGUGUGUGUGUGUGUAUAGUACUGACCAAGUAAACUGCAGAACCAAAGUGGAAAAAAAAAACACUUCAUUUAUUUGCAAAUCUGAACAUAAAACAACAUGGCCGCCAGUGCGACCAGCAAUUUACAGAUUCCAGUGUGUCAGACCCCUGCUGUUUGCCUUGAGCAGCAAACAAACCAUAAAUAUAUCAAAUACUAGUAACAUACUUUGGUGAAAAAAGCACAGCUAUAUGUGGACCAAACAAUAAAAACACACACACACACAGAAGUAGGGUUGUAGUGCCUGAGGUGAGGAUUCACUUGUAUGUCGUUUAGAGUGAAAGUAAAUAACUUCUUACUUUGUUUAAAGGGAAGUAAAUUAUUAAGCUGAACAAGAAAAAAAAAAAGUGUUCAGGUUCUGCACUGAGGGUUGGUCAGAUGACUUCGCCCUAGCCAGCAUCAGCAAAAGUGAAAAGACACUUCACACACUAUUUACAGUUUGCAUCAGUUAUUAGCACAACAUCUGUAUGAACCAACAGCAACUUUAAAAGGCCAAGUCCACGUCAGUCCAGUUGGUUUCUUAUUGAUUAGGGAGAUGACCGUUUGUGAUAUUUCUUUUCUACAUGCUUUACCUUGGCUCAUAAAAAUAGAUCACUGUAACAGUCGAUACAAUUGUGAGUUGUUUACUGGUAUUGGCUUCAGAAAAAGAUUUCGGUCUAGGUAAAAUGUCAUGUCAUUCAUGUCAUUACAGCCUGAAUUAUUUCAAUUUUGCCAUCGUUCCUAUCAGCAAUAAUUACAUUGUACAAUUGUUACUUGCAAGUAACACGAGCAUUCAGACGAAUGUUUAAAAAAAACCAACAGAUUAGACAAAUUUAUUUGCAAGUGUAAACAAAGGUGAACUGUAAACCUGCUACCCAACCUGUGAGUUUUCAGACCAGGGGACCAAGCUGUGAUUUGUAACAUUAAAGUGAGACCGUGUAGCUUUUGCUGAAUAGUGGUCACAUUAAUCAAUUUCUCAAGAUUCCCUUGGGUUAGUUAUGUUACACCUAUCAUCAUUGGACUGAAUUAUUUUGAAUUACUGACAAAUAUACAGUAAAAAUAAGAGCUGAGUGUGAAAAUGGGGUCACAAGCAACAAACACCUACUUCUUUAACUUCUACAAUAGCACAUGGAGAAGAGCCACAAAUUCAGCCAAGUGACUAACAAAUGUCAGUUGCACACCAAUAUUUAUCUAAAGUAUGCUAACAUUUGCCGCCUAAGCGCCAAGCCACUCCAUAAGGCUAUAGCAACUAAACUUGUCUACUGAGCUUUCAAUCUUUGAUGCAGCUUUGACUGUGUUUAUUGUAGUUGUGACCACAAAGUUUUCCUGUAUUCCGAGGGAGGGUCAUCAUCAUUUCAGAUUGGUUCACUUUCAGUUCACCUCUAAAUGAAGUGGUUUACAUAAUCUGGAUAAACCUUUGAAAUCUAUCUGAUCUUCUGACUGCUCGUGUUUCAGACAUUGUUGCAGUGAUGUCGAGAUAUCAGCAAAGUACUUGGUGCAACUUGAUAGUUAUCAUGAUUGCAAUGAUUGCUACAGCUACAGAAAUAAGACCCAGGAAGUUGUAAACCUGAAUUAUCAUUAAGAUUUCAAAAUGAAGCAUUUAAAUAAUGUGGCAUUAUGCUUAAAUUAAAGAAAGUAAAGCUAACUAAAAUGUGAUUAGUUGAAUUUUAUAUAAAUACUGAACAAAUUCCUCCAUGCUUGGAAGACCAGAGGGGCCAGAAUUAAAGACUAGGGCUGCACCUAUUGAUUAUUUUCUUUAUCAAUUUGUAUGCCAAUUAAUUGGUCCAUAAUGUAGCUUACAAUUACAAUGUCUCUCAGCCCAAUUUGACAUAUUUAAAUGUAUUUUCAAACAUAACACAAAAUAUAUACUUGUGAUAUGUCCCUUCUGGCUUUCUGUACAUCUUAGAAAUCAUAAUUUCUGUAAACCCAUUUGCUUUAAGCUGUGUCUUUAUGAGUAUGUUCUGUUUUUUAUGAGUAAGGUUAGUGUUCAGUUGUACCAGUGCAGCUCUUACAACCACUGGCAGUUUCUUCAUAGAUACAUACAAGUGGAAAAA